AUGCCACAAAAGCGCCAUCCCCCGCAAAUAUUUCUUUCUCGGAAUUACUUCAUCUUCGAGCUCUUCCUCCUCGGUGAUGGUGAGAAGAAGAUUGAGGAGAAGGUCUUCUCUGUCGCUCAUCCUAAUGUUCCCGAGAUGUUCAUCCGCGUCCAGACGGAUGGCUCGAUCACCGCCAAGGAGGCCCUCGUCCAGGUUAUCAAGAAGCUGAUGCAGGACCUGUCCCACCUGAGCCGCGAGUUCACUCGCGAGUUCGAGCUUCGCCGCAUGGUCGAGGCAGGCCGCUCCAAUCAGCAGGGCCAAUGA